AUGAAAGAGCACGAGGUCAAGAUGGCCACCGAGAGCACGCCACUGAUCACUACCGUGAGCGUUGCGCCCCCGCGCCAGCGCUACCCUCACCAGGUCGUGCGGAGGUUCUGCACCAUCGCGCUCAGCUCAUCGCUCAUAGCGCUCCUGGUCACGUUUCUGGUCGGCGUUGUCUUCGCCCCGGCAGACAGCCCUCAUCAUAAGUGGCCUGGGCACGAGAAGAAGCAUGUCACUUAUGGGGAGCUCCAGAGUAUCCUGCUGGAAACUCCCAGCGCUGCUAAGGCGUCAGAGUGGAGCAAAUACUACACGGCUGGUCCGCAUCUAGCUGGUAAGAACCUCUCGCAGGCUGAGUGGACACGGGAUCGAUGGAAUGAGUGGGGUAUCGCGUCGGAUAUUGCUGUGUAUGAGACCUACAUCAACUACCCCGUCGACCACCGACUAGCCCUGCUGGAGAAGUCCAAAUCCAAUGACAGUGAGGCCGAAGCCUGGAAGGUCGCCUUUGAGGCCACCCUGAGGGAAGACGUCCUCGAGGAUGACCCUACGACUCAAUUAGAUGAUAGCAUCCCGACCUUCCACGGCUACUCCGCUAGUGGCAACGUGACUGGCUCAUUCGUCUACGUCAACUACGGCACCUACUGGGACUUUGAGGAUCUAGUCAAAGCGAAUGUCAGCCUUGAAGGGAAGAUUGCGAUCGCUCGAUACGGUGGAAUCUUCCGUGGGCUGAAGGUGAAGAGGGCUCAGGAGCUGGGCAUGAUCGGCUGCGUCCUCUUUGGCGACCCGGGGGACGACCGCGAAAUGACAGAACAGAACGGGUACGAAGCCUACCCUGAUGGUCCUGCCCGAAAUCCCAGCAGUGUACAACGCGGAAGUGUUCAGUUCCUCAGCGUCGCUCCAGGUGACCCAACCACUCCUGGCUACCCUUCGAAGCCAGGAGUACCACGGGCACCAGUCGACGGGGCAAUCCCAAGCAUCCCGUCUCUGCCCAUAUCAUAUUUGGAGGCUCUUCCGAUUCUAAAGGCUCUGAACGGGCAUGGACCCCUGGCCAAGGAUUUCAGUGAAUACUGGACCAGAAACACAGGGUUAGGCUACAAAGGUGUUGAGUACAACAUCGGUCCCUCUCCCGACGACAUCGUCCUCAACCUGGUCAACGACCAAGAAUACACCAUCACUCCCUUGUGGGAUGUCAUUGGCAUCAUCAACGGCACGAUUCCUGACGAGGUCAUUGUGGUCGGUAACCACCGCGAUGCGUGGAUUGCGGGUGGAGCAGGCGACCCUAACAGUGGCUCUGCGGUCAUCAACGAGGCCAUUCGCAGCUUUGGAGAGGCUCUCGAGAAAGGGUGGAAGCCACUGCGAACCAUCGUAUUCGCCAGCUGGGACGGUGAAGAGUAUGGAUUGAUCGGUAGCACCGAAUGGGUUGAGGAAUAUCUUCCAUGGAUCUCAGCUGCCAAUGUCGCGUACAUCAACGUGGACAUCGGCGUUGCCAACAAGGGCUUUUCUGCCAGCGCUGCGCCUCUGAUGCAUAAGCUUCUCUAUGAAGUGACCGCUCUGGUACCGUCGCCCAACCAGACGGUCAAGGGCCAGACUGUGCGUGAUACCUGGGAUGGUAAGAUCAGAACCAUGGGUAGCGGCAGCGACUUCACGGCUUUCCAGGACUAUGCGGGCGUGCCUUCUCUCGAUAUGGGCUUUGGUGGCGACCAGCCCGGAGCUCCGGUUUAUCACUACCACAGCAACUACGACAGUUACCACUGGAUGAGCGAGUUUGGCGAUCCAGGCUUCGAGUAUCACAAAGCAAUGGCUCAGCUACUUGGCCUCGCCGUCGCCAAGAUAGCCGACACGCCUCUCGUGGCAUUGAAUGCUACCGACUACGCAACGGCCCUGAAGCAAUACGUCGAGAAGGUCGAGUCCAAGCUCGAGACCGCGCAGCCCGAGCUGUCCAGCGACGUAGAGGUCUUCGAGUUCCGGGCCCGAACGGCCGGCACCGAGGUCAAGGGCGACCCCGCAGCUUUCGAGGUCUCCCUGGCUCGCCUCCAGCAGUCCAUCGGCGAGAUGAAGGCCGCGGCCAUCAAACUCGACGCCAAGGCCGCCAAGCUGGCCGAAGAAGCUAACGAGCACAUCCCGUGGUGGAAGUGGAUCAAGAAGAUCAAGCUGCUGCAUCACAUACGGUUCACCAACACCAAGUACAAGAACAUCGAGCGCGCCUUCUUGUACCAGGGAGGUCUUGACGGUCGGCCUUGGUUCAAGCACGUCGUUUUCGCGCCGGGUCUUUGGACCGGUUAUGCUGGAGCUGUGUUCCCGGGACUCCAGGAAAGCAUUGACAACAAGGACUUUGUGAAUGCGAUGAAGUGGGUGGAUAUUAUUGAUGGCUGUAUCAAGACUGCUACCAAGACUAUGGAAUAA